AUGGGCGAACUUGUAUGUCAAGACACGCCUUCCUGGGAAAUUCCCUCAUCUAAUGCGCUUGCAGUUUACCUAGGAACAUCUUCCAAUUGGUCAUUUACGCGCCGGGUACUGAGUCUAACACACGAGUUCAUAUACCAAGAGUCCCUUCCAACGGGAGCUUUGGCAUUCGAUGGUGCAACUUAUGACCUGGGCUGGGAUGGAAUACGAACACCCCAGAAGCCUGAUCUUCCCACCGUCCCAACCUUUGACCAUGCGAUGUAUCUCAUCAAUACCGUGAAGUUCCGCUGUGGACAAUUAUAUCACCUUUUCGAUGAAGGGGAAUUUAUGAGCGGGCUUCACGACUUCUACUCGCGGUCCAAGCCAAAUGGAACAGCCGGUUUAUGGUAUAUCCAUUUUCUUCUGAUGCUCGCAUUCGGGAAGGGGUUUGUUCAGCACAAGUUACAAGGCAAUAAACCCCCGGGUGCCGAAUUUUUCGUCAAGGCUUUGCAAUUAUUACCUGACAUCAGUGUGCUGCACCAAGAACCCAUCGAAUCGACGGAGAUAUUGUGCUGCAUCGCGCUUUACUUGCAAGCUCUCGAUUGCCGCUCAUCUGCUCACAAUUAUAUCGGCUCAGCCAUGCGAAUGGCCAUGGCAGAGGGGAUGCACACUCAAAUGCCAGUGGAGUAUCUGGGAGAGCAUUUGGUCCAACGUUGUCGCAAGAUCUGGUGGACUGUAUACAUCUUGGAUCGCGAAAUGACCUCGCUGAUGGGUCUUCCUCAAUCCCUCAGUGAUGACCACAUCAACACUCUGCUUCCCUCAUUCCCGGGAUCUCUACAGCGGACAGCUGGCGUUAACAUGCACAUCAAGCUCUCACGCAUCAUUGCGGAGAUAAGCAGCGCUGUUUAUGCCAUCGAUGGUCGCCUCAAUCGAAACUUUUUACUUCGCACAAAAUCCGCUCUGGCGAGUAUCGCUCGGCUUGCAGACGAGCUUCGUGAGGCCUUCCCUCUGCACCUAGACCGCGCAACAAGUGGAGUCUCCAGAACAUCAGCCUAUCUUCACCUCUUGUAUCAUCAAUGUAUUGUUCUCGCCACCAGACCAUUGCUCUUUUGCUUUCUGAAAAUUCGUUUUGAAUCUGCCGAGCAUUGCUUGGAAGCUUUGAACACGUCUCGAAAUGUCCGCAACUUGAUCCAGAUGUGUCUUGACUCUUCCCAGCAAAUGAUCAACAUCCUUCACAGUCUUCAAUCCGAAGAUCUCCUUGUCCUUCUUAUGGCUCCAGCGAUCGACGCCAGAUGGUCCUAUCCAGCAUGGCUAGAAAAGGCCUACCUUAUAUUCGAAGACAUAAUCGAAAAUGGCAACCUAAUUGCCAAAUUCAGGCGAUCAGAACUCCAGCUCCUUGACGAACUACUGAGCUGCUUUCCUCACGACAACUCGCGAUGUUUAUCGGCCCCUGUUUCAUUUCCAACCAAUAUUCUCAAUAAUCCCAACAAUAGUAUUCAGCUCGCGAGUUCAUUCCCGCCUUCAGCGCAAGCCCUGGGUCAUGAUUUGUUAUCCGAUCCUAUGGCAGCGAAUGAUGACGAAUAUAACUUGACUAGUGGGCUGACUGCAGCGCAGAUCAUGGCUGUUGCGGAUUCUAUUGAGAGUAUUGAUACGGAGUGGAUGUCUAAUGCUAUGAUCGAGCAUAGCAUUUGGUGA